CUCAGGCAUCUUAUUCCAGCCCCGGGAAGAGAAGAGUAGGGAGCUGUAGCAAAGGAAUCUGGGGAAUGGGCAAAAAAAGUCUUACAAAGAAGAGAAGGAGGAAAAAAAUCUCACUUGAGCAGAAAUCAACCAUCCACUGAUGAGGAUCCUGGAGAGGAGGAAUAUCCAUUUACCAGGAAUGGGGGGAAUAGCAUGUACCACUCACUUCCCAUUAGCUGCUCUUUGCCUCUCUCUGCAGAUCACUGGGAGACAACAAUGGCUCCUUCCAAGCAGCUUUGUCUUGUCCUGCUUCCCUCCACUCUCAGCUUUCCUUAGCAGCUAAAUCAACAGCCUCAGGGAAAACGAAGGGGCAGAAGAAACAAAACUCCCACAAAAAUCCAGAUAGCACAGCUGGUGAAUUUUAUGCAGAGUUCUUUCCUCUCUGAAGGGGAAACGGUGAGAGCAGGGGGGAGGAUGGGACUCAUGAGGCCCCUUGUCCAAGUCUUGGGUUCAAGUGUCACUUUCUAUGUGAUUUCAGGAAUGUUCUAAUUCACCUUUUUCUGCUGAGCCAUUGGAGUGUUUUCUUUUUCUUGGUGUAUUGUGACUUCUGUGGCAUAAAACAUUGGUUGAAAAGCCUCCCUGCUUCCGUUCUCACAAAGACAAGGACACCAAAGUCCACUGUGGGGGUAAAGAGCAAAACUUCUCUGAUAAAAUUCUAACUGUAGGUACUUGAAGCCGAGGAGAGGUGUCCUUCUCCCCAGGCUUUGGGAACAUUUCCUAGCCCAGGUGAGCUGCAAACUCACACGUUGCCUGAGGUGGAAAUCCUAUGCUAAGAACACACAUUACUUCUCUUUGAAGGCAAAGUCUUUGGACAGGUAGGAAGCUGUGCUUGUCUGCAUCCAUGUGUUGAUCUUAGGGUGCUUUCCUGGGCUCCAGGGAGUUUGUAUUUUGCAGAUUUGGACAUGAUGCUGCUGCUUUUGUGCCUCUCCCUCUUUCUUGCUCCAGGUGUGUGGACAGCACCCUAAAACUGGAAUUCACUCAAGCUCCAUGUUCACGCUGAAUCUGGCUCUGGAGCAGACUGAGCCAUUGCCAAGUGGCUAAAACUUUUCAGCAUUACUUUUGUUUGCAUCUCAGGAGUACCUGAAGGCCUGUCCCGCAGCAGCAGAUCUCUCUGUGCAGGGUAUGCUCUAAACACUGAGGCAGAGGAGGAUGGAGAGAGGUCUGUGAAGGCUCUGCUGAGCUGCAGGACCUGCAGACCUCUUGCUGCAGGGGAGAUCCAUCUCUGGACAGGACUAUGCCAGUCCCAAGGAAUUUAAAGUCUGAGGAGAUGGGACAGCUACGGAGUGAGGGCGGAUGAACACUUGCCCAGGUCAGUGGCGUGGACGAGGAGCCUGCAGAUCUCCAGCUCCCACCACUUCUCCCUAGAGAGGAAACUGGAUGUGGUGGAAAAGCUUCUCUCUGCUCGAUGCAAGAAGCCCCUCAGUGGCUGAACACUGUAUAAACAGCAGCAGCAGGCUCCCUCCCCCUUUCCAUUCCUGUUUGUUAAACACACGCUCUCUGCCUUUCUCUCCUUCAGGAGCGAACACAGCAUCCAGCUUUGUGAGACAGGGGCUGUCAGUCACCCUGCGAGAGGGGGCUCUCCAGAUGCUCAUGGUGGGGUUCCAAAGCAACCCCUGGCAAUGAAGCACCCUCUGGCAACCCAGAUCCUCUCCUGACUUCCACGCUUCUCCGAGGACAGUUGCAGAAAAGUGCCUUUCACCUCUUUGCCACAGGUUGACUUCCAGAGAGUGGAGAGGACCAAGUGCUCCGUCCUGGCCAGCGAUGAGACGGUAACUGGUGGUGAGCAGCUCAGUUCCUGAAGGAGGAGGACACUCUGGCCUUUGCAGACCUCCUUCUCCUCCUGAUGAAAAGUCUCAGGCCAGGCAUGGGACCAUUUGAGGGAGCCAACAGCACUUUCACCUUGGAGAAGACAGCAUUAGAUGUGAAGCUGCCAGAGGGCUGGCAUGACAAGGACUUUGUCACUCCUACCCAGGAUCUCUCUGGGUCCCGCAGUGUUAUGAUGGACAGCACCAAGAUCCUGGGGGUCCAGGUUGUCCUGAUUGCUGCCUACUCCCUCAUCAUUCUGCUGGGAUUCAUUGGCAACUCCCUGGUCAUCUACAUCAUAGUCAAGUACAAGACCAUGAGGACUGUCACCAACUUCUUCAUAGCUAACCUGGCCCUGGCAGACCUGAUGGUGGACACACUCUGUCUGCCCUUCACCCUGGUGUACACCCUGCUGGACGAGUGGAAGUUUGGAGCUGUUCUUUGUCACCUGGUCCCUUAUGCUCAAGCUCUGAGUGUCCACGUGUCCACUCUCACCCUAACUGUGAUUGCCCUGGACAGGUAUCGGUGUAUCGUGUUCCACCUGGACAGCAGGAUUUCCAAGAGGCUCAGCUUCACCAUCAUAGCUGUCAUGUGGCUGGCAGCAGCUGUCCUGGCAGGCCCUCUGGCCAUCUUCAGAGAGUACCGAUAUGAGGAAAUCCCAUCCAUCAACCUCAAGAUGGCUGUCUGCUCAGAGAAAUGGCCCUCUGGUAACAACAGAGAUGCCACCAUCUACAGUCUGUCCAUGCUCCUCCUGCAGUAUGUUCUUCCUCUUGCAAUUAUUUGUUAUGCCUACACCAGGAUCUGGUUCAAGCUGAAAAACCAUGUCAGUCCCACUUCUAGGAAUGAAAACCAGUGCCGGAGGAGGAAGACCACCAAAAUGCUAGUGAUGGUAGUUGUGGUAUUUGCAGUCUGCUGGCUCCCCUUCCACAUAUUCCAGCUUGCCAUUGAUCUUGAUCUGGUUCUUAUCUUCCACGAGUACAAACUCCUGUACACUGUCUUCCAUGUUGGGGCCAUGUGCUCUACAUUUGUCAACCCCCUGCUCUAUGGAUGGAUGAACAAGAACUACCGGAAUGGCUUCCUGAUGUUCUUCCGUUGCCAGGACAAGCCAGAAAGCUUCCACACUGAAGGCUCAGUUAGAGGGAGGUCGUACAUCUUCAGAGCCAAUACCCUAAAUGGGAGCAUCAAACAGACUCCUGGCAAUGGAUCACUGCCCACAGAGGUUUAGGGAUGGGUCAUCCACCUCCAGGACUGAGGCUCCGGGACUGAGCCCAGAGACAUUCUUGGGUGAAUGCCUUUUUUUUUUUGACAGAAUAUUGUGCUGCCAAUUAUACCUACCACAGCCACAUAGAAAUACCCCCUGUACCUCUCAGAACAAUAAAUCUGGUGUACUUCUGCCUGAACAAACAAA